AAUAACCGCUACAAUUAUUAAUGUUUUACUUACUCGCGUGCGCUCGCCAUCUAUCAAUGAGGAGGGAAACUAGAAAGGAAACAGCGUUGUUUCUGUAGGUAUGUUGUUUGCGGUUGUUGUUGUGGCAGUUGCUCGUUGCUCUCCUCGCCGACCUCCUGCCCCUCGCUCUCCGAGUCCGAGCCUUGUUUACAUUCAAGUUGUCGCAUCAUUGCCCGUUUCUAGUAAGCUGACGGGAUGAAACGCUACUCGGGAAUUGUUGCCGCAGUCUCUACCACUUCCGCGUAGGGAACCGAUUGCGUCAAUAUACGUGCGAACGAUGAGGAGGUACUGCGUUGCUUCCUGAGGUGCAGCGAGAAGGAGCUUGCUCAAGAACUGCGCGGGGCGCGAUCAGGAUCGGCCACAACGAAGAGAAGAGGUGUCCGAUGGCGACAUGGCCGGCCUAGCCCGAGCAGGCGUGCCCCAGUGAUGACCCUGACGCCCAAGGCCAAAGCGGAGCUGAGGGGAGUCACGGACGACGAGGCGCUCAUCAACAAGAAGCUCCCCAAGGAGCUGCUGCUUCGCAUCUUCUCGUACCUGGACGUGGUGUCGCUAUGCUCGUGCGCUCAGGUGUCCCGGCUGUGGCACGAGCUGGCCCUGGACGGCAGCAACUGGCAAAAGAUCGACUUGUUCGACUUCCAGACGGACAUCGAGGGCCCCGUGGUCGAGAACAUCUCGCGUCGCUGCGGGGGCUUCCUCAAGAAGCUGAGCCUGCGCGGCUGCCAGAGCGUCGAGGACGCGUCGCUCAAGACAUUCGCGCAGAACUGCAACAACAUCGAGGACCUGAACCUGAACGGCUGCAAGAAGCUGACCGAUAGCACCUGCCAGAGCCUGGGCAGGCACUGCUCCAAGCUGACGGUGCUCGACCUCGGCUCCUGCUGCCAGGUGACGGACCUGUCCCUCCGGGCCAUCGGCCAGGGCUGCCCCAACCUGGAGCAUCUCAACAUCUCGUGGUGCGACCAGGUUUCCAAGUACGGCGUGGAAGCCCUGGCGCAAGGCUGCGGGCGCCUGCGCGCCUUCAUCAGCAAGGGCUGUCCGCUGGUAAAUGACGAGGCCGUCUCGCAGCUGGCCAACCUCUGCGGCGGCCUACAGACGCUGAACCUCCACGAGUGCACGCACAUCACGGACGCGGCGGUGCAGUGCGUGAGCCAGCACUGCCCCAAGCUGCACUUCCUGUGCGUUUCCAACUGCGCGCAGUUGACGGACGCGUCGCUCGUGUCCCUGAGCCAGGGCUGCCAGGCACUGUGCACGCUCGAGGUGGCCGGAUGCACGCAGCUCACGGACAGCGGGUUCCAGGCGCUGUCGCGCUCCUGCCACGCGCUGGAGAAGAUGGACCUCGAAGAGUGCGUGCUGAUCACCGACAGCACCCUGCUCCACCUGGCCAAUGGCUGCCCCAGACUCCAGCAGCUCAGCCUGUCCCACUGCGAGCUGGUGACGGACGAAGGCAUCCGCCAUCUGGGUGCGGGCGCGGGAGCCGCCGAACAUCUACUGGUGCUCGAGUUGGACAACUGUCCGCUCAUCACAGAUGCCUCGCUUGAACACCUUGUGCCCUGUCAGAGUCUACAGCGCAUUGAGCUCUACGAUUGCCAGCUGAUCACGCGCGCGGGCAUCCGUAAGCUGCGGAGCCAUCUGCUGGACCUCAAGGUGCACGCUUACUUUGCCCCUGUCACACCUCCUCCCUCUGUCGGGGGUGGAAGGCCACGAUACUGCCGCUGCUGCGUCGUCCUCUGAGCAUCAGCUGCGUCUGCUAGUCAACGCAACGGCUACAUUUGUGCUACGCCGCUGUUAGGUCCCAAGGGACGCCAAGCACUGGUCUUAAUCUUGUCUCCCGAAUUGCACUCGAGUCUGUCCUGUUAAACCAUAUUCAUUGAAUUGAGCCAUCAACUUGCCACUGCCAUGGCACAGCUUUGGCAUGGCAAAGGUCUAGGGGUUUUAGUACUGUUAACAUGGUGGCUUCACAUUUUUAUCGCAGCAAUGGAAUCUGGUUCCAGACACACCAUCCAGACCAUACAAUAGAUGCUGGUGAUUUCAAGCAGUUGAUGUCAGGAUGAGCAUUGCAGUACAGCCAGAGUUCUCUGGAAACCCCAGUUCCUGUCCUGACCGGUACCUCAUUUUGUGCCUCGUACUGCAUGUCAUCGCAGCUCAUAGAGUAAACAGACAACUCUGCCUCUAAAGACACCCCAGGGGUUCCUGCUCUCAGUGAAGAAUCUCGUGUCAAAGUUGGGAAGUUGUCCCUUUUUCCAGAGUUUCUAGACGUUUUCUAGACAAUUUUUGCCACAGAUUACUAUCUUUAGCAUUUUGGAUGAGUAGGUCAUGUGCACCGCACUGGAGCCACUGGAUGCAGUUUGAGGGAGACAAGAUGUGCUUUCAUUUCGGCUGCCAAACUGAAACACGGGCAUUGUCUGCGCUACUAGUCUGUUCCGCCAACAUGACUGAGAUAUGGUCGACAGACCAUCUUUCAAAGUAUACCUCAGCCAUGUUUUCUCUUUACUGAUAUACACAUGCCCAUGCAAGCAUAUUGCUUAGGUCAUAGCUUUCAUUAUUGAUUCCUGAAGUGUCAUCCUCGUGUUGUUAGGGUGAGGACAGCUAACAAAGUAAUAUAACUGAAAUAAAUUUUGGGCACAGGCCCACAAGUACGAGCGAAUUGUGAUCAUUAGUGAAACGUAGACAGAACAUCCUUUAGGUAGAGUUCCACUUUCAAAAAUGUCUCGUUUACAUCAAAUUCACUUCACUAGUGAUCCUCAAAGAAGAACCUGGUGCAGGUGGUUAAGUAUGUUGCUGGGCUUAUUGGUGCAUCCUGAAAAUCAUUGUUGCAGUGAUUGUUAAAACAUUGAUUGAGUAUGAUGGAAGUUAAUGCGUGUUUAACUGUGCAAGGAAUGUGAAAUGCACGUUGCUUUCUUCCGAAAUGCCAUCCAGUGGCUUCAGUUGCAGCACCCACCUGUCGACGCAGCAAAUUGUCAUUGGCUGCUUUGGGCAGUUGAAUGUGAUAUGUGCUCCAUAAAUGGUCUUUCGACUCAUGCAGCACCCAAGAGUGCAAUGUGUGCUUGCAUUUUUAUGAGAGAAUUGGUUGCACGAGCGUGUGCCAAUCCAGGAACAAGCCCAUAUAGUUUCGGAUGCCUGGAUGCGACCGUAGUACUUGGAAUUGAGACAUGACAAUUGUGACUGGGGUAGAAGAGAAUGAGGCAGAGGGACUGGGCAUGUGCGAUUGGUUCCCUCUAAAUUCGGUGUGCUACUGUCGCAUCCAUUUCUAAACAGAGCCCAUGUGUGAUGUGUAUUUCUGCGUCUCCUCGGGGAUUUAACUCCCAGGCUGGCUUUUAUCGUUCAUUCUCAGUUCUUCAAAUUCCUCGGCAUCAAAAAAGUUUUUUAAAUUUGUUUAUCUGCAAGAUUUUGACGAUGCACCAAGUGAUUCUCGCUCAACGUUUCAAUUUUUGUGCUCUCGGCAUCCUAAUGUGUGCAUGAAAAUUUUAUGACAUUGAAAGAAAUGUUUUUUUGUUAGUUUAACAAUGGUAGGGAUCUUUCAAAGAAAUGAAAAACUUACAAAGUACCACAAAGGCGAUGAGCCUCGAUAACCGCCAAGGCUUUUUAAGACUUACUAUCUCAUUCUGUUAUGUCCAUGCUGUGCUAUACUUGUGUUUCUUUCCUAAACAUGUUUUAUAGCAUCUCAGCUCGCAUGCACGUCCACGAGCACAACAGGGCUUAGCUAGGCUUUAGAACUGUGCAGUCGGUGAACAUGAGUGUUAGCCUUGUACUGAAUCAUACUUGGUGUGUUCAGUGCUUAACCAUGUAUAUUAUGAGGGACUGUUUUUAAGACAAAUGCACCAUUUUUGUGCACAUUUUCUCGAGAAGCAUUCAUAAGGUGCCCUCCAAAGAAAAGCGUGGUUUAGAGUUGCACGAGCACCUCUGAAUGUCAUCUGCACUGCAGUCACCUGUGAACAAUUCCAUUAAAUUUUUCCCUCACAUUUUUA